AUGGCUGACAAAAGGUGUCUCCAGUUUGACCCGGACUGCACAGUGUGGAGUGCCAAGCAGCAGAUCAUCUGCUCCCUGAGCGAGUCGUUGUGGGAUGUCUACAACUAUGGCCUCUUCCAGCCUGCUGGAGACGGACGGGAUGCCAAGUUCCUGGAGGAGGAGCGGGUCCUGCGAGACUACUCACAGUCCUUCGAGAAAGGGGUGCCUUACCUGGAGUUUAGGUACAAAACCAGAGUUUAUAAACAGACAAAUCUGGAUGAAAAGGCUCUCUCCAAACUCAGCACAAAGGCCAGUCUGAAGAAGUUCCUGGAUUACAUUCAGACUGGAGCAGUAGAGAAAAUGGCAAAAGUCCUUGAUAAAGGUCUUGAUCCAAAUUUUCAUGACCCUGACACGGGAGAGACCCCUCUCUCUGUGGCUGUGCAGUCCGGCCUGCCAGUGGAGGCUAUCAGGGUGCUGGUUCAGGGCGGCGCUCAUUUGGAUUUUAGAAACAGAGAUGGCUUGACAGUGGUGCACAAAGCUGUUAGGGCUCACAAUCACGAUGGGCUGCUGGUUCUUUUGUCCCUUGGAGCAUCUCCAAACUACAGAGACCGUUGUGGCCUGACUCCGCUGUACCACACUGUAUUGACAGGGGGCGACACUUCCUGUUGCGAGACCUUGUUGUACAAUAGGGCGAGGCUGGGGACAAGAGACGAGAAUGGCUGGGACGAGUCCCAUCAGGCGUGUCAGAAUGGCUUUGCCCAGCACUUGGAGCAUCUGCUGUUUUAUGGGGCAGACACCUCUUCUCAAAAUGCCUCAGGGAACACUGCACUUCACAUUUCUGCUCUGUACAACAAGGAAAGCUGUGUCCGCGUUCUUCUGUACAGGGGAGCAAAUAAGGAGGCAAAGAAUAAGCAUGGCCAGACCCCUUUUCAGAUAGCUAUAAUGUCAGGUCACUUUGAACUCGGGGAAAUCAUCAAAAACCACAAAGAUUCUGACGUAGUGCCCUUUUUGGAAUCGCCAAAGUAUGUUCCCAAGCGAAAAGAGAGCUCCCACACUCUGCCUCUCCCCUCACUUCAUUCCCACCCCUUACUGCGUGCUAACAGCGAUAACACCAUGCCCCAGUCUGACCCUCUGGCCCUGCCCAACAAGGCUGCAACCAAUCCCAACCCGGGACAGGGCCAGCGCAGGGCCUCUAUAGGCAUGAGAAGCUCCAGCAGCCCCAGAACUCGUACUCGCUCCCCAUCCAGAGGGAGAGGAGGCCAAAGUGACACAGAGGAGAGGCACCGACAGCCAAGAGGCAGACAGGGUGGAACCUCGGCGGGCAGUGGGGGAGGUCAGAUGAAACGUAUGUACAGUGCAGUGCCAGGGCGGGUUUAUGUGGCCACUCGUGCCCACUCUGCUAGUGGAGACAGAGAGCUCUCACUUAGCAAAGGGGACAAGGUUAAAGUGUUAAGUGUAGGAGAGGGAGGAUUCUGGGAAGGAACCGUGAAAGGUCGUACUGGCUGGUUUCCUUCAGAUUGUGUGGAAGAGGUGGCGGGUCCCACCAAAGACAAUCGAUCAGAGACGCGCAGUGAGAAAGCCAAGAGGAAACUUUUCCGUAACGUUACUGUCGGAGCCUACGAUGGCACUGAUGGCCCCAGUGACUACAUCAUUAAGGAGAAGACAGUGCUCCUACAGAAGAAAGACAAUGAGGGCUUUGGCUUUGUGCUUAGGGGAGCCAAAGCUCAGACUCCCAUAGAGGAGUUCACUCCAACGCCAGCGUUCCCAGCGCUGCAGUACCUGGAGUCUGUUGAUGAGGGGGGCGUGGCCUGGAGGGCGGGCCUGAGGAUGGGGGAUUUCCUCAUCGAGGUGAACGGCCAGAAUGUGGUGAAGGUUGGCCACCGACAGGUGGUCAACAUGAUUCGACAGGGCGGCAACAGUCUCAUGGUGAAAGUUGUGAUGGUUGCUCGAAACCCUGAACUGGAGGACACUGCUCGGAAGAGAACCCCGCAGCAGACUAAAAGACUGACUCCUCCUGCCAUUGCCCUGCGCUCCAAGUCAAUGACAUCAGAGCUGGAAGACAUGGUGGACAAAGCUGCAUCUCCAUGGAAAAAGAAAGCAGAAUACGACUCCUCUCAGGGUCCUGAUAAGAAGAGGACAGUCUAUCAGAUGGCACUAAAUAAACUGGAUGAAAUCUUGGCUGCUGCCCAACACACUAUUACAUCAGACAACCAGGGCCAGAGGGGUCAUGGAGGCAAGAGGGACCGGAGCAAGAGCAUUGUUCCUAAUGUCUCCAAUGAGCAACCCUAUGAGCAGCAGUCAUCAGUGAGUAUGGGGCAGCACGGACCGGGUUUUGGCUACAACCAAGCUCAUUUUCAACCAGGCCACAGUCAACAUGCAGUCAUGAUGCGUCAAAAAUCUAUUGGUGUAACAGAGGAGGAAAGGCAGUACCUUCACCCACCUGCCAUGAAGCUGGCUCGCAGCCUAUCAGUGCCGGGACCAGAAGAAAUCCCCCCACCACCUAACACAUCUGCUCCAGAGCCACCUUUAUCUGCAGGCCCGCAUCCUGGGAGGGGGCCUGCUAUGCCCAUACCUCCAGUAUCUCAAGCCCACUACCAGCUCCACAACCAGCCAGGUCAUUCUACUCAAGCAGGCUGGGAGAGGGGAGCACCUGGUGGGAUGAACCAGCAGGUCAUGGUCCCCACCCUCCGCAGACAAUCAGAAGGACUGUGUGUCAGAGAGCCAGAGGCACCCAGGAGAGGUGGUGGAAAAAUGGGAGGCUUAAGGAGAGGCUACAGCAGCGCUACGCCACCAACAAGUGCUAAGCCUAAGGCCCAACAAGCACCGCAACACCCACACAUGGCUAACCGGGAGCAGGGUGGAGUGGUUGCCAAGGGGGGUGCAAGGAGGGGUGGUCGAGGAGCUCUGAUGAAGCAGUCAAAAGUGGAAGAUGGGCUGAGACAGCACAGAGGAAAAGGAGGUGCAGCCAAAGAGAAGAGCUCCAUCCCCAUCCCCACCAUCAUUGUCAAAGCACCCUCCACCAGCAGCAGCGGACGAAGCAGCCAGGGUAGCAGCAUGGAAGCUGAGCCCUCCCACGAUGCAGAAGACCACAGCUCAGCAGAAGCAACAUCUGACAGCCCCAAUACCAGUCUACCCUCACCACUCACCCCCUUGCCACCCCAGCCCCCUACUUCCACUUCCUUGCCUUCAUCAACUGUUGCCCCAUCCGUUUCCUCACAGCAAAACCUAGAACACUUAGAAUACACUCCAACAUUUGGUACGUCCUUUGGAGGAGGGGGAGGGGCACGCAGGGAAAGGGAACGUUUCCGAGAUAUGAGAAGAAAGAGCGCCUCUUUCUUCCUCUCAUCUGAGGAGGACAUUCAAGGAGAGGCAGGAGGAGGAGCAGAAGAGGGAGGGGGGGCACUAGGGGCAAGAAUUCAGCCUUUACAGGGCUCUCAAAUGGAAGUGCCCACCCCUCGUCUACGGCCCUCUAAGUCUAUAGAUGAGGGCAUGUUCUCGGGUGACAGCUACGUCAACUAUUCCAGCAGCAUGCCCCCAGCUUUUGGCCUGCCUGAGUAUUCCUCCCCUGUCCUCGGUCAGGAUGGCCAGCCCAAGUCAGCUCCCUCGAUGUACGGUACUCAGCCCACUACUACCUUCAUCCACCCACUUACAGGGAAAGUUCUGGACCCCUCGUCCCCACUUGGUCUGGCCUUGGCGGCAAGAGAGAGGGCCCUAAAGGAUGACCGCAGGACGCGCAGAGAGGAGAGACACUUUGGUCGGCAGCUGUCCACAGUAGGAGCGUUCCCUACCCCUGUUCAGACCCCAACUCCUUCCCUUUUUGCCACCCCUACACAAUCUGCCUACACUUCCCCAGUGUCCCUCCACCUAAGCUCCCCCACUGCCACCACCUCACCUGCAUCUCUGAGCCGGCCACAGUCACCAAGGAUAUUACGUUUGGGAGGUGGAGGUGGGGAGAGGAUGGAAAGAGAAAAGGAGGGAGGACCCAGGGAGGGUCUUAGAGUUCGCUUCUCAGAGGACAGAACCAAUCAGUAUUCAACACAGUAUUACCCACAGAGCCCCAGGGAGAGAGAAAGAGAAAAGGAGGUGUACGACACCAGACCUGCUCAACCCAUACAGCCUCCUCCACCACCGGCUCAACCUGCACCCCGUAGACCUUCCUUUUUGCAGAUGGAAAGCACUCCCCACACCAGCUACAUCCCUCAGUACACUGUACCCACAGCCCCAGCACAGACACAUGAAGCUAUGGGAGAAGCACGAGCAGGGUCGAGUGGAGGUUUAGGACUGAUGGUUCUCCCUCCACCAGCUCCCUCAAUAGAUGCAGAUGAUGAGUUUGUCUUUGUAGACCCCUUGCCCCCUCCUAUACAGUUUGCUAAUGGCAAGAACGAGAGAGUCCAGGAGUUUCCUCGGCAGCAUCAACACCCGAGCCAACACUCUGCUGAUGUUGCUCCGCCUCCUCCACCCCCUCUUCCAUCUGCCAAGCCUUCAAACGCUACCCAGGCCUCUCCACAGGGAGGUGACUCUGCUGCCUCCAGCCUCACCUCCUACGACAGCGAGGUGGCCAACCUUACGCAGUCAGCUUUCUCUCCAUCUUACCCGUCCCCACAUAUAUUUCCCCCUUCCUCAACCACUACCACCACCUCUACUACGGCUUUGCCUGCCACAUCGCUUCACAGACCCCAGCCCAUGUCCCAUACUCACCCUUAUUACAGCAGCUCUAACGACUCCUCAGUAGGUGGUCACACCCCAGCCCAAGACAGAGGCACAGCUGCCCUCACCGCCACCAUGACCUAUGCUACCACAACCAUGACAGCCUCUGCCACCGCCUCCACCACCACGACCUCACCGUCGUCCUCUGACUACAGUUCGACCAUGGCUGGGCCCAAGGCUGGGCUCAGCACAGGAGGUAAAGCUGCUGAUCAUACUCAUCACCCUACUAUUAUACCCAAGAGCGGAGACUGGCAAGAUGCCGUGGUGGAUUCUGGGAUUGAGGAGCUGGACAGUCACAGCAAUAGCGACCACCACUUAGAAAUGCUGGGAUUGAGUGGGCUAAGGGGAGAGAGGGGAGGGAUCGGAGGCGAUGGGCGAGGGGGAGAGGGAGAGAGAGGAGGUGAGCAUCAGGAUCCUUGCACAACCUACUCAGGUGGGCAAACAUUUGAGGUGCACAGCGCCAAACUGGCAAACCCUGUGUUUCCAAAGAUGACUCAUUACAAGGAGGGCGGAGGGAGGGGCCUGCCUGUAGCACUACGUAGGCAGAACAGCACCAACCCUGCUCCGUUGCAGUUGCAAAGACAAAGCAACCCAGAAGAUGCCAGGUUAGAUGGAGCUCUAGCAGAUGAAAGGAAGCACAAGCAGAGUCGAUCCCAAAUGGAGGACGGCUUUAGUUCCGCUCUUGCUGCCUGCUUAGAAAGGCCAAUGGAGUCUCGGUCGGUGGGCUGGGUUGAGGUUGGGGAGCAUGAGCUAGGUGGAAGCGGAAUGCAGAGAGAUGGUAUGGUUUUGGAGGGUCGAAGGCUUCAUUCACCUCUUUCGGGUGUGAAGGCCAGCAUCAUCAAUGAGCUAAGCUCCAAGCUGCAACAGAUGAGUGGCAUGAAGAGCAUGGAUGACUGGAGCCACACUCCAAAGUCUCCCACCAUUCAUAGGUACUCGGCGGAUUACACUGAUGCAUUUCACAGCCCCCCUACUGGCCGCUCCACCUCUCCAUUACCCACCUCCUCCCCACAGCAUCGUCAGAUCCUGACACCAAAUCUGUCGGCCACUCCUUCUGUCUCCCCUUCUCCUCAAGUCCCAAUUCAGCGCAACUGGACCCGAUCUCCAUCUCCACAGAUGCCUUCCUCCCCAGUUCAUUCACACCCUCCCCAUUCCCCGACCUACUGCCCGUACCCGACGUCACCAAAGCAUCGGUCCAAGAUGCGCAGGCAGACUUUUGAUUUUCAGUGCAGUCCCACUAAGGAGAUGCGGUCUUCGGUCGCCCGGCACCGGGCUCCCAGCCCUCUUAUCUAUAACACUGAACAGCCAAACCCCACCCCUCCCAGGCCUUCCUCUCUCCCCAUCCUUCCCAGUACACCUGUCUACAACAACCCCUUCGACUUCCCCGGGCCCCUCACUCCUCCUUCGCCUGGCCUCCCUCUAGGAGAUGGCUACAAGGCUUCAACUCCUCCAUUGUUCUCCCCAUCUGGUGUGCCAAGUCCAAACCCCCUACUUGUUUCCCGAUCUCUCUCUCCCACCCAUUUUCUCUCCGGCGCGUCCUCCCCCAUGCACUUGCCCCCCAGUCCGUCCUGCCUCAACUAUCCCCAUCUCACCCCUCCUCCACCAGCCAAACCCUUUGCUGUCAAACCCCUGCCCUACUGGACCAAGUAUGACGUGGCCGACUGGCUGGCUUACCUAAACCUGGGUGAACACAGAGAGCGUUUUAUAGACAAUGAGAUAGAUGGAUCACAUCUGCCUUCGCUCACCAAGGAUGACUUCUUGGACCUCGGAGUGACACGAGUGGGACACCGAAUGAACAUCGAGAGGGCGCUGAAGAAACUCACUGACAGGCGGCUCUCCUCCCCUUUGCAUGUCACUACUUCUCCCCGAGACACAGACUGAAAGAGUGAAGGGGUGAUUCAAAGGUGAAAGAAAGGGAGAGAAACAAAUUGACAAAGAUGAACAAUAACAGAAGAUGUUCAAGAGAAGAACAGCGGACCCUAACAGGUUGUGUUGAACUAAGCCUAAGGACUGGAGGUGUGGGGGGAAGUGUUUUCUUGCAAAUGUGCUAUACAUGUAGAGAAUACUGUUUAUGAAAUUUCUGGAAUGACUAUUGGUCGAAAAAGGGUAUGAAGAAAUUAAGAAUAUCAUGUGAAAAUGAUGCUCUUCAACUGAAAAUAUACUUUCAAACUUUCUAUGGACAGGCAAUUAAUUAACACACCGUUUUGUGCUGUAAAAGACAAACAUAUAUACACACAAUCAUAUUCUCACACACACUGACAGAUGGAUUCUCACACCAUCUGCUGCUUAGCAGAGCUGAGAAAACUUCAGUCUGAGUUCAAAGAAAAGUUGAAAAGUUGCUGCUUAAAGGGUAAACCCCAAUAAAAUGUUUCAGACUGUGGCUGAGCCAGAAGCUGCGGUGAAAGCAAACACAUGAGAGUCACAUCCUAACAUCAGUUUUGUAGCUUUAAGCAGAUCAGAGAAUCAAAUGGCUGUGAAUAGUGGAGCCAAAGUCAGAAUAUGAGAGAAAGGGUUUUGUUUGUAAAUGACGAUAGACGAAAAUGGUAGACAACAAUUGUAUUCUUUUUAUAUAUUUGCCAUAUUCCCCCAAAGGAUUCCCCAGUAAGCUUUGUAUGUAUGUACUUUGCGAGCACUAAAUAUAUCUUACAUGUUAAACGGGAUUCACUAUUAGUAGAACCAUUUGUUUUGUGCUGAUAGCAAUCACUAAUUUCAAACUGGUCAGGGUAUUUAUAACUGUUGAAUUCAAGUUGUGCAUAAUGAGUUCAUACAAAUAUUGAGAAAAUAUUGUUGUGUAAUUACCUUUUAUUAUUUUCCUGAUUAUUCUAUAGAAAGGAGAGAAAUUAUUGGAGAGGAAUUUAAAAGAGUUUGCGUGUCAUUUAAAAACUGCAAACCAUCUUUUCUUAGACUUUACUGGUGUUUAUGGCCAUAGCACAGGUCAAGGGAUGGAUCCAUCCUCUUUGAUGCCAUAAUGUGGACCGCUCUCUCUCACACAGCAGGUGCAGUGAUCAAAAAGGGCUUUUUACUGCUUCUCUGUCUGCCUGACUUCCUCAACCUUCAGCCUCUGUGAGUCUGUGUGUCUGAUUUUGUGCGUGUGAGUGUUCGUCAGCCUGCAUUGGUGGCCAAAUGCUUUCCCUGACCUACACCUCUCUCUUUCUAAUGCCUUUUUCCGAAAUACAUUUAUAAUGGUCACAAAACAUUGUUUUUUUCUCACUAGUUGACAAUCCCAACGUUUUCCUGUUCCACACAUCAACCCUUGACAAGGAAUAUUCUGACCCACUUUUCAAAAGGUUUUUUCAGUGAUGAAUUUAAAGUAAAUACUGUAUAUGUUACAUAGAGAGGAAUAUGAAUGCCCUGGAUUUUUAAAAUAUGCCAGUUUAGCCAUUCCCUGCAGUGAAUUCAACUGUAAGGCAAAAACACGUCAUUUAUAGAUCUAUAUGUAUUGAUGAUGAUGACAAUGAUAAAAUAUAGUAUAAUAAAGAUAAUAAUAUUAAGUAUGUAAACAUUUUUAAGAAUCUUUGUCUUCCAAAUAGUGUGGACAAAUUCUUUGAAGCUUUGUUUUUGUUUAUGUUUCAUUUUGGGUUUUCUGUAAAUGCUUUCUAUACUGCUCGCCCUGUGGUGACCCCAGUGAAGCUGACACAUGUUAGUUAAUGUGUAUUCUCUCUAUGUGAGUUUAAAAUGAUGACUCUGUAUUCUCCCGCUGAGUUGCCUCACUGCUAUCUCAUGAUGGACUAUUCUGAGAAGUGAAAGGACUGAGCAGUAGUGUAGAAAGCAUUACAUACUAUGAUUUAAAAGAGUAUUUUAGGUCUAGUAAAAUGCAUAAUGAAUAUGACUACAUACAAUACGAGCAUAAGUAUGCAGAGAUAAAAGGUAUAUAUAUAAAUAUAUAUAUAUAUAAAGUUUUGCUUUAAAUAAAAUACAGUAUAUACUGAUAAACAAUAUGAUAGAGGUACAA